GUGAUACUGCACUGUGCAGCCUCAGGGCUAGGUCACUCCCUCCAUGAUCCAUUAUCCAUCCCAGGCUCGGGGCCGGGCCCGGCUUUCAAUAUGGGCGUCACGUUGCGUUCACGUGGCCGUUUGGGGGAAGGCAUGCCGCCUGUUUGCCGAUGCUAGACAUCGCAGCGCUCCAAUCACCAAUGAUGUUUUUAGAGAGCUGGCAGUCCGACACCCCUCAUGGUUGCUUCAAGAGUUGUCCGCAGGACCAGUGCCCUUCACAAUGACUUCCUAGCUCACUUUCCCAGCGUUCCAGGGUUGAGUACGUGACGUCUUGCAAGGUCCGCUUGCAAAGGCCCUACAUUCGACCUCUGUGCGCAGCUGAUUGCUCUCCGCGCCGUCAAUCUUUCUUUCCUCUCCACCAUCUUCCCGUGGCAGGCUUGAAUGCAGACUAGCUGACCUCCAAUCUUGGGUCUUCCAGUGAAAAUGCCGCCAUCCGACGGGCCCCCGCUCGUUCCCUCCCUCAAUCUACACAGCUCUAGUCUCAGAAAGUCCAGCCUGUCUAGUGGCAGCAGCAGCGAGCGCCGGCGCACGUCGACCUUCCGCGUACGCUACUCUGAGGACAACUCCAAUGCUAUUCCCCCAGCUAGUUCUAGCUCCGAAGAUGGCGACUCUCCACCCCAAUCCGCCAGGAGACAAUCCCUGUCCUUGGGCCAGCUCCGCUCGUCAGCUGAGGGCGUUUUGCUCAACUCAAAUGCUGGUAGCAGGCUCAAUAGCUCGGAGGCUCCCCAUUCACUCCGCUCGAGCCUUGAAGCGUCAAGGCAGGCGCUGCGAGACUCGGCGCAGUCUGCGGGUAAUGAGACGGCUCCAGAGCGGUUAGCGAGGAUUACGCAAGAAAGUAGCCGGCACAGCACGCCGCUUGCGGGCCCUAAUGAGGUCAAAGAAGAGAAGAAAGUUGAAGCAGAGGGGGAGAGCUCGGACUCAGACUUGAUUGAAGAGCGGCGAAACUCACAGUAUUUUGCAACGGUGGCCAAAGUCGCUUUCAACUCGGAGGAACACAACAUCCCCAGCCUAGGCAUCGGGCCAUCUGUCGACUUCUUCAAACUGAUGGCCCCCAGCCCUGAUGCAAAAUGGAAAGCUCACCCAGACGCGGCCACUGGCCGGGGGGAGGACCCCAACGUGGGCCGGCUGCAGCUGCUCAUACCCCCCACCGUAAUCUACAGUGCUUACGAGGUGAUGGGCUUCUUUACAUCAGAAGACGGAUAUGUCACCCGAAAAGACGACCUCCACCGGUCCGAUAUCUUCCAAAUGCUUCUACCUAGCUACUCGGAAGGGCGCGCGACCCCUGUAUCACUCACCGCCGUGAACCUUCCCGUGGCGGUACAGAAAUCGAGAAAGGGGCGGUGGCGGACGGAGGCGCAGCUGGUGCUGAUGAACGAGCUGAACGCGUACCUGGACAGCAGCAAGCUCAGCGGCAACUGCGCGCUGCAGCAGUACGUCAAGUGCGCGGGGCCCAAGGUGUCUCUCGUGCGGUGCGUCUGGCGGUCCGGCGGGCUGCGCCCCUCGCAGGUGUUCAUCAUCGGGAGCCGGCGGCGCAAGGGCACGCGGCCGCCCAACGACCUUCCCACGCGCGCGCAGUCCGCGGGCAUGGACCUGGACGUCGUUGUCAAAGCGCUCCGCCACGCGGUCAUUGUCCAGGGGUAUCUUAACACCGUCGAGUUUCCGCGCGCGUGCACUGUGCAGCCGGUGUCGGGCCACGGGUGGGCGGAGCCGCUGGCCCUGACCGCGCGGAUCGCGCGCCACGUGGAGCGCGCGCGCAAGCUGCCCGGGCGCUUCCAGGAGCUGGUCGCCGACUUCAUCCACGGGGAGGACGGCCGCUGGUGGUUCCUGCAGGUGAAAGCCUUCAAGAUCGCACCCUUCGAGGCCACCGUCUUGAAGCCGCUGCGCGCGCAAACGGAACGGCGCGCGCAGGAAUGCCGAGGGGACUACUGCCGGACGCUGGGCAUGGACGACAGCAUCGAUGCGAUGAACGAGGACGGGCGUGGCGCCGACCGGCGGCGGCCAAAGGGUUUCGACAGUCUCUCCCGAGAGGAGAAGCGCAAGUACUAUCUGGACCAACUGAACGCCGCCAACCGGGACCGGCCAGUCUCCGGCAGGCCCGGGGCAAGGGACCGGGCGGGCCCGGGGAAGGUCUCCCGGGCACUGAGGAUGAUUCUGCACAAGAGCAUUAUUCUGGAUCGGACGGAGAUGCAAAAGGAGGGCAACAAGUCAGGGCCGCAUGAGGACAAGCAGGAGGACAUGCCUUCCCCUAGUGGAGGAAGCACAGCGCGAUCAAACAAGACGCCACGUCGCUUCUCCGACUUUCUGCGCGAGCUCGAGCAGCGGCGCGAGCAGGCCAAGGCGGAGCGGCAGGCGCUGUACAAAGGGAAUGCAGAGGAGGACGACCUCGAGCCGGACCCGCUGCCGAAGCCCCAGCGAACGGUGCCCAUUCUCCAACACGACAAGCUGCCAGCCUUCUACUACGAACUGGUGCCUGUUUGCAGCGACUGCUUCCGCGUGUACCUGGCCAAGGACCACCAGCGGGCGCUCAAAGAAGACGCCGCGCGCCAUGCGAGCCCUCUGAAAGACAAGAAACGCAAAGGAACACGCGACGCGCCCGACACCGCGCGAUUCUAACCGACUAUGGAUGGACUUCGCGUGCACAAUUCUGUGUCAAACACCCUUUGCCUCGACCCCUUUUAUGUUCAAAAGGGUCAAGCAACGAAGCAAGUCAGGUCAAAAGUUUGCUUUUCGGAAAACUGUGUCGCCCGAGCCUGGAUACAAGCCAAUGGUUGGAGGAGUAACAAAAGGGGUUUGCUUAAGAGUGCAGGUGUCUCUUCGCUGCCUGUUGUUAGCGUAGUCGAACGUCAGCGUAAGCAAACGUCGCGAGGGUCCAAACGCCUAUUCAUGAAGUCUAAGAGUCUGAUCCAUCAUCAGUACGAUUGCUAGGUAGCUGAGUUCGUAGAAUGCUAUAUUCAACGUUAAGCUCGUCAAAGUCACCUCUAGAAACCUAUCGCAACCCAUACAAAUAAAGAACGGUUUUGUCAUGGCUACUAGAUCCAGAUACUACAACGGGAAAUGCUUCAUAUGACCAGAACGAUCGC